CUUUAGUAAACAAAGACAAUCUCUGUUCUGUGCUUCUAUCCCACUCUUGCUCGUUUACUUUCGACGUCCCAUAAAAGUGUUUAAAAGAUGAUUUUUUAGUGGAAAAUGGAGGUUGCGGACGAAACCAGGGAGGUCCCCAUAACCGUCCUUAGGCCCAAAACAAAGGCUCUAAUAUGCGACCUAUUGAACCCCCAGAUGUUUAUCCCAGCCCCCAAUGGAGUGCUCCGAUAUUGGAGAGGUUUGGCAGGGCUGUGCCAGAUUAGUUCAAAUUAUGAAGCAACCCUUGUCAAUGAUCCAAAUCCAACAAAUAAAGUAUUAAAUCUGUGGUAUGAAAAAGACCCCCAACAUAGUACUAUACAACAAUUGUUGUUAUUUUUAGAAGAGAUGGACCGGUUUGAUGUUGAGGAUGAUAUCUUGAGCUUGAUUGAUGAAGAUAUCAAUAUUUAUAGAACGAAUCCCCAAGGAUACGAAUUGAAGCCUCUCUAUUCUGAAGCUGAUAAAUAUAUAAUCACAACAGAUGACGUGAUAAGGAUUAAUGAAGGGCGAGAAUUGGAGAUAUACGAUGCGUUUUUAUUGUAUGACCAUGAUGACAUUGAAUUUGCCAUAGAAUUGUUGGAUAGAAUGGAAAAAGAAUAUAAAAUGAAAUUCUGCGUCAAAGACCGCGAUUUGGUGGGUGGUGGCUUAGAAAUGGACAAAAUGAUUAAACUGAUAACAGAACGUUGUAACCGUUUAGUUGUCAUCCUUUCAGAUUCAUUUUUUAAAAGCUCAGCCAAUGGCUAUUAUUUAAGUUUUGCCCACGCCUAUGGAAUUGAGAGUCAACGGAAAAUAAUCCCGUGCAUUUACAAAGAUCUCACAACAAAUCCUCCACAUAUGAAAUGCCUCUUCACUUUGGACUUUCGCCGAGCGACUAUUUUCAACGUAUGGGACAGAUUACGCGACUCUAUUAAAGUACCCUGUACAGAAAAAUUUAAAGUUAAUAGGUCCCAAUCAGACAAUGGUCAAGUCUUGAGAUCCGCCUUUCACCAGAGAGAGCCAAUUGGGCUAAGACCUUUACAUCACAGCGUGAGAUUUAGUAGUAGUGUAGGUGAUUUGAAAAAUUCAGAGGCUAUUAGUGAACCAGCGCUUAAUCCCAGUACGAGUGCAGAUAAUCUGGAGUCGUGUCCAGAGCACAAAAAAGAAAAAAAAAAUAAUUUGUUGAAGAAAAUUAAAGGACAUUUUAAGAGAGAUAAAGAUUGUUCCAAGGCGGAAAAAGAAAGUAAAGGCUUGAAAAAACAUUUGAAGAGGGCCACAGCCGUUGCGAACUGAUGCAUUUUAUUUUAUUUAACAAAAUAUGUAAAUAUUUUGUAAGUGCAAUUAUUUUUAAUAUAUAUUAUUCAGUAAA